AUGACUGAUAUAACUGAGUAUAUGAGUAGGCUGUUCGCUCACGCCUCAUUUGUUUUUAUCUUGCAGAUCAUUAAGAGGCAAGAGCGGUUGGAGUUCUUGUAUGAUUCGGGAUUGGCCGUUGGGCGCCCUGGUGGUUCCGAUAGUUUCAAAACCCUUGAAGCCUUACCCAAGACCGAAGAAGCGCCUUCCUCCUCUGCCGCCUCCAAGCAGCAGUCAUCAGCAUCUGUGCCAGGAGCUCUGUUCGAAGAAAAGCCUCAAUCUGCCAAUGAUGCUUGGAGGAAGCUCCACUCGGAUCCUUUGCUUAUGAUUCGGCAGCGUGAGCAGGAAGCCCUUUCUCGUAUUAAGAACAAUCCUGUCCAGAUGGCGAUGAUUUGCAAAUCUGUUGAAGCAAAGAAGCCCGCAGAGAAACUGCAUGACAAGAAGGAACAUCAGAAGAAGAAGCACCAUACUGGUGCUUCAAAGCAUAGCAAACAUUCAUCAUCCAUACAAGCAUCAGAUUCAGAAAAUGACACUGCUGAAGUGGAAAGGAGGAAGAGUGGUCAUCGUAAGAUAUCAAAGUAUGUUCAGCAUUCAGAUUCGGAAGAUGAAUCACGUAAAAGAGCACGUCGACAUGAGAACACUGUCAAGCAUUCAGAUUCAGAAGAUGAAUCACGUAUCAGAGCACAUCGAAGUGGGAAGAAGCCUGUUAAGCAUUCAGAUUCUGAAGAUGAAUUCCGUUACAGAACACGGAGAAGUGAGAAGAACCAUGUUAAACAUUCAGAUUUAGAAAAUGAAUCACAUAACAGAGCACGUCGAAGUGGUAAGAAUCCUGCUAACCAUUCAGAUUCCGAAGAUGAAUCGCAUUACAGAUCACGGAGAAGUGUGAAGAACCAUGUUAAACAUUCAGAUUUAGAAGAUGAAUUACAUAACAGAGCACGCCGAAGUGGGAAGAAUCCUGUUAACUAUUCAGAUUCCGAAGAUGAAUUGCGUUACAGAGCACGGAGAAGUGAGAAGAACCAUGUUAAGCAUUCAGGUUCAGAAGAUGUAUCACGUAACAGAGCACAUCGAAGUGGGAAGAACCCUGUAAAGCAUUCAGAUUCCGAAGAUGAAUCCCGUUACAGAGCACAUCGAAGUGAGAAGAACCAUGGUAAACAUUCAGAUUCAGAAGAUGAGUCACGUAAAAGAGCAGGUCGAAGUGAGAAAAACCUUGUUAAGCAUUCAGAUUCGGAAGAUGAAUCACGUAACAGAGCAGACUGA